AUGCACCUCACAAGCUGCUUCCUUCUCCUUGCAUUGUGGCGGCCCCGCACCCUGGCCUUCUCAACUACGGACCUAAUCUGGUCCAACGUUCAGCAAUCUCUAGGACCUCAAAGCGAUGUAUUGAAGAGUGAUGAGACUAUCAUCCUGGGAGCAGGUGUCAUUGGCCUCGCGACGGCCUACCAGCUCGCACUCGCUCACCGAGAGGCUGCCAAUGCGACAUCCAGGCCACCUGGAAAGAUCAUCGUCGUCGAACGAGCUGCGCACAUCAGUCCUGCUGCCUCCGGUCAAGCGACAGGCGGACUUGGAGACUUUGGCUUCGCGAGCGGUGUCGCUGAUUUGGGCGCUCUGUCCUACAGGCUGUUCCAGGAACUUGCUCUCGCGAAUGUAAUGGAGGAGUUUGGCUUUAGCGAGUCUACGAUCUAUCGCAUCAUUCCAGACGACUUCACGGGUACACCUCAGCCGUCUGACACUUGGGGUCCAAGUCCUCCUGUUGAACAGCCUUUGUCUGCGCUCCCUGACUGGAUCAGACCCAAGAGCGACUGGUCAGUGCAGCGCAUGGCUGGUCCCCCUCACGCAUCGCAUCUUGAUCCAGCUCAAUUUUGCCAGUUUCUCUACAAAGAGUGCAAGAAACUGGGCGUCGAGUUCAUCUUCAACGCGAACGCAACAUCAGUUCAAACCGCACAAGGAGCGAAACAUUUCACAAGCAUCCAGAUCAAGCAACAAGAUAGCGAUCCUCUCAACAUCCCCUGCAAAAGCCUAGUCAUAGCAGCAGGACCCUGGUCCCCACACGUCUUCUCAACACUCUUCCCCAACGCAUCCCUCCAACUCCCAAUCAACUCCACGUCCUCAGCCGGAAACCACUUCCGCGUCCGCACACCCAAUUGGAAGCCAGUGGACGACCAAAAAGGAAGUCAGCAAGUCUUCUUCCAGAGCGAAGUUCCAGGCAAACAGGGUCUGGACAUCACCAGUUUCCCGGGAGGUGAGUUGUACGUAGGUGGGUGGGGAGCGGCACCGGAAGAACUUCCUGAACUUGCGGAGGAUGUGCACGCGCAGCUGGGUGAGAUUGAGAGGAUGAAGGCGGUUGUGAAGGGGUAUUUGAGGGUGCCGGAGGAUGAGGAGUUGGGUGUGUUUAAGGUGGGGAGGUGCUAUAGGCCGCUUGCGGAGUUCGGACAUCCUAUUAUAGCGAAGGUGGACUGGGAGUUGCUCGGCAUGGACGAAACCUCCGUUGAGGCGCUUGGUUCAUCAGAGCAGGAAGACGCCACCGACGUCCUGGAUAUCCUCGAGAAAAUGCCGGAGCAAGAUCAACUUCGCAUCCUGGAGUUACUCCCAAAAGAGAAUGCCGUCGCCGCUCUACAAGCCCUCCUCCGUGAGCGAAACAAGUUAAGAGAACCAGAGCAGAAUCAAGGCCAAGAGCACCCGCCACAGAGCAGGUUGAGAGAACCGGAGCGGAACCAGGUCCAAGAGCAAAACCCACAGCCAGUAGCCGAGCCAGAAGGCGAUGUCACCGCUGGUGCGGAAAUACAGCUAGUGGACUUAGACACCUACAUUCGUUUUCGAAACGAGGACGGUGGCGCUGUUCCCCGAGACGUUCAUGAUCUUCCGCAACCUGUCCAAACAGCCCUCGAAGACCGCUUCAAGGCUAUGUGGGACUGCAAAGAGGGAAGGGUCAAAGAGUACGGCAGAAUCACCUCGAAGCCAGAGUUGUACACCGACAAGGAGUAUUGCAUCCGCAACCUCAUCAUCCGUGGUUCGAGGGUCAGGGGCACCAUGUUCGGGCAUGGCGGCAAGCACAAGAAAUCCGCGUGCGAUAAAUGCAUCAACAGCGGCCACCCCUGCGCCCACGUCAUCAAGGUCAACGACGAGUUCGGAAAACUCUUCGUCCCUCUACCUCGAGCUCUGAGGAAGGGGCAGAGCUGGGACGAGCUCGGGUACUGGGUCGUUGAGAAGUGA